AUUUACACAUUUGCCAUUCAUUAUAACUACUAAUAAUAUCGCUGUAAUUUAAAAUGGAUACUGUUGCUCACCCUAGCAGUCUGACCGGGUGCCGAAUGUGGAAACACCUGCCUCACAUAAUUCUACAGCAGAUUUUUAGUAUUGUUUACCCAGAAACUCCUUUAAAAUACAAGCUGGAGAAUUUUGCAGACCUCACACACGUGUGCUCGGAAUGGCGGAUAGUAUCACUGCCAAUGGUUCUCGGCACAGCGAUUAUAUUAAUUGACAUGGCGCUUGAGUGUAUUCAAUUCGGAAAAGGCGAUAGCGCUCUGUCAGCCGACAGUCAAGUACCGCGCUGCUCAAGCGGUAUUUGGACCAAUUUUGGCUACUACCACCGCCCGCAGCACGCAGAGCUUGCCCACACACUUUUUAUAUCCAUAAACGGAGAAAGUCCGUCACCGGGCGCGUUAGUGAGACUGAUUCAAUUGUCUGGGUUUGAUUGUGGAAUUUGGCCUGCAGUGUCCAAACUUAAAAUGCGGUAUUUUUCUCCCAGCGGGAACUCUGAUGGCGACAGCCGCUAUAACAGCGAAGACCACAGCCCGCAAAUAAUUGAAUGCCUCAAUGGGCUGCUGGCAGACCAUUUACCCACCCUCAGCGCGAUAUUUUACGAUAAUAGCCACUGCAGGCAUUUGUACAGACACUUCCCGCUGAAUCAACUGGUUGACAGAUGUAUUAACGGGCCUGUGGCCCUGGAGACUCUGGACAUUAGCACUGAUGUGCCCUCAGCUUUGAGCCAGUACCAGAGCACGCCACUCGAGGUAACAGAUCUGCGCAUCCGGUUUGUAGACUUCAGCGCGGGAUCGAGAUUUCCUCGGCUUAUUGCCAAGUCACUUGUCAGUUUGUCGUUAGAUUCAAUGUCAGCAUCCACGUUGUGGGAGAUAUUUGUAGCCUCGAACACAGCGUGCACAGCAGAUCUUGAGUUUACAUGCUUGCAGUUGCUGAAUCUACAGUUUGCCAACAUUAGUGGCUUCAUAUUUGCCACGCAGCGCAACCACAACGACCCCGUCGACUUCCCCGCUGAUCAGACAAUUCCGGCAUCGCAGUACAUGCAGUCGCAAAAAUAUGGAACACCACGGUUUCCGGCGCUUUUGAAGCUUGCGGUCUCUCAGUUUCCGGGCCAGAUCCAAGAGCUUCUCUCUUUAUUUGCUAGCAGUCCGCUUCAAAAGUUGAAAGUCGAAGGCUCGAGGUUUGACCUUCCUUCGAAACUAGACGUUUCAGCUUUUGCCAAACUAAAGUCAUUGGCCGUCAGCUGCAUGGGCGUGGAGGAUCUGGACCCCGAUCGCGAAUACUUGAAACAACUCUUGCAUCAUGCUUUUAAAACGCCGCCGGCACAACUCGAGUACAUGUCUUUGGCAAUUGGGUGCCAAGAAAUAGCCACGGACUUUUCGCAGCUCUUGGAAAUAUCGUUUGCGGACAAUUUGCGAGUGCUGCGUCUAGAUUCUUUCAUCGAUGUGUCGGGGACAUUGCUGCUGCUCUUGGCUAAGCUGCCGCGGUUGCAGCACCUAAUUAUCACUUCAGCCACGUGCAAGCCAUUGCGCUCGAUCGAACAGGUUGUCGAAACAAUCUGCAACGAAGGUGACAGGCUUACCCCUGUGAGCGACUCAAUAUGUGUGUUGGAUUUGUACUUUGGUUUUCCGGGAAUCUUUGUUUGCGACAUUUCAAAUAAGGAUAGCAGCUUCCGCGGCCUCAUCCCAGAAUUACUCUGCCGUUUGCCGGCACUACGUAUACUCCGCACAAAGCAAUUAUACAUGGCGAGCGAGGGUGGUCCGGGUGCUGUGAUCAGCCAAGUUGCCUCUGACCACGCCGUCAGCGCUAGGUUCGGCCAUUUGCAAAAUCCCUGGGUUCAACAACUCGAUGCGAGUGCAUAAAAAUAAAAAAUAAAACUGACUCUUGUGAGACAAAGAAAUACCAUGCAUUACUCAGUAACAAAA